AUGGCUCCUCCUCCAACAGCAGCCACUGCUACUCGCAACACAAUUGACUCUCUGCCCCGUGAACCGUCGUCCGACAUCAAGACUCAACCCCUUGUAGACGUUGACGCACUCCUCGGCAAAGUCGCUGGUUACGAAGAGAUUAUCAGACACUACUUCUCACUUAUUCCUGCACAACAUGCCCGCAACUAUGAGUACGCGCACCUCAAAGCCGGCUUUCCCGAACCGGCCACCCCGUGGCAGCCACUCGAAGAAAUUCCCAUCCCCCAGGAUCGUGGCCUAUUUGCGGACCCCGAGUACAAGGAAUUAUUCGCGGCUGCCACCAAUGUUGAGCAUAUCAAUCCCACAUUUGGUACAAUUCUCCACGGAGUCGUUUUGUCCAAGUUGAAUGACGAGCAAAAGGAUCAGCUCGCCCGUCUGGUGUCCUUCCGUGGGGUUGUAUUUUUCCGCGACCAAAAAGAGAUAGGUGUUGACGAGCUACUUGAGCUCGGAAAAUACUAUGGGCCUCUUCAGCGUACGGGAAGCACUGCUGUCCCUGUUGGAGCUGUCGAGAACGAAGAGCUUUAUAGCAUCCACGUUGUUGAUGCCACUGAGAAACCGGUCCAGAAAACACUGUCUCAAACCGAUUUAUGGCAUAGUGACGUUUCUUUCGAAAUUCAACCUGCAUCGUAUACAUUUUUGAAGCUUUUGCAGGGCCCCCUUUCAUAUGCGACUUACGACGAGGUUUCCCGUCCCCUGGCAGAGUACCUCGAGAAACUCACGGCUAGCCAUUCAUCUCAAUGGCAAGUUGAUGCUGUGAGAGAUUCUGGGUUUCGACCCCGACGUGAGGCCGUUAACAAUUCCCACCCUAUCGUGCGCACGCACCCUGUCACAGGCCUGAAAUCGGUUUACGUGAACCCACUUUUCACCAGCAAGAUCGACGGUGUCUCGAAGCAGGAAAGCAAUGCUAUCCUCAAUUAUAUUUACCAGGUACUGACUACCAACAUCGCCGAUAGCGUACGUUGGAAAUGGAGGAAGAACGAUAUUGCCGUUUGGGACAACCGCGUAACCAACCAUGCUGGAUCCUACGGGACGUAUCCUCACUACCGACAUGCUAUUCGUGUGACGGUCACUGGCGAAACACCAACCUUCAACGGAGGCAUGUCACAACGCGAUUUCUACACUGAAAAACUCAAAGAUCUAACUAUAUAG